CUGCGCGCCACGAACGUCACUCUAGCUUUUCGCCAUCUUGUCGGAUUUUUGCCUCUGCAAGUUACUAAUCAUGGCGAGCUUAUUGAAAAUGGGUGCUUUACCUCGAAUCUAUGCUAGAAUUGCUUGCAGACCAAUCCAGACGUCGGCUGCUCGAAAAUAUUAUCCAGUUCCAAAGAUCAGACCAGAGUACGGAUCUGAACUAGCCGCGCUGCAAGCCAAGGAAGAGGGUCCGUGGACUGAGCUUACAACACAGGAGAAAAUUGACCUGUACAAAGCUCAGUUUCCUAAAACUAUAGCAGAGGAAAAGACAGAAGAACCUUACGUAAAGAAGCUGGUUGGAAUGCUCUCUAUUUUGAUGGCAGUUUCAGUUGGUCUGUUUGCAUUUCUAAAGAAAUAUGUUGGUCCAGAGAGGCCUCGUACUCUAACAGUUGAAUGGCAAGAGGAUGCCAAAAAGAUAGCAAGGCAGCGCAGGGCAAACCCCAUCACUGGUGUCAGUUCUGACCAGGCGUAAUUGAAAUUCAUUGGUCUUUUGUUAGCCUGCUAGUGAAUGUGAAAAGUUCUCAGAUUUUGGAAUAUGGUCUUUUUUUGUGUGCUAAUUACAGUGUAAUGUAAAUAAAAAGACAGUAAAACACCUCUUACUUUUAA